AGUGCCACCCCUUAAGGGCAUCUGUUUGGCUCCUUCUCAAGCCUGCCAAGCUGGGUUGUGAGGCAGAUCUAGUCCAAUGCUCAGCUGUCCACAAGCAGCCCUUCCUGCCACCCAUCCUCAGCCUGCAGUACUGCCUUAUCCACUGCGCAGAACCAACUAUUCCCAUGUUUUUGGCAGGCCGAAAAGAAAUGUAUUGUUGUAUUGAUGCUAGAAAAAGGUGCAUCAGGCCAUAAAUGAUUGUUCUUCCUGUGCUGGUGCCCACUUGUUAAUAUGGCUUUAAUAAAAAGUGCAAGCAGAGUAACUUACAAAUGAUGCAGAAUCAUUAGUGAUUAAGUCAUUGGGCAGGGCUUAACUGUGGCAUGCUUUUCCCAGAGAGCUUGCCAAGCAGGGAAGAGCCCCAGGCAGCAAGCAAACGCCAUCAAAGUAAUGCCACAGAGGGGCACCUGAGCAAUGCACCUGCACCCCACUGCAUGUAGACAGCUGCCUACCAGCCUGACAGGCCACCAUCCCCUGUCAACGUGACUGUGACACAGCUGAAGGCGAAUUCUGCCACUGUCUCAUGGGAUGUCCCUGAAGGAGAUGUGGUCAUCGGCUACGCAAUCUUACAGCAGCGGCAAGACGGACAGAUGCAGCGCUUCAUCCGGGAGGUGAACACCACCAACAGGGCCUGCGUGCUGUGGGACUUGGCAGAAGAUGCUGAUUACAUCAUCCAGGUGCAGAGCAUUGGCCUGUAUGGAGAAAGCCAGGCCAGCAAGCGUGUCCACUUCCGAACGCUGAAGGAGACUGACCGCCUCCCCUCCAACAGCUCCAACCAAGGUGACAUCACCAUGGAAGGGCUGGACAAGGAUAGGCAGCUGCAGACAGGCGAGAUUAUCAUCAUUGUGGCUGUGCUGCUCAUGUGGGCAGCGGUGAUCGCCCUCUUCUGCAGACAGUACGACAUAAUCAAGGACAAUGACUCCAACAACAACAAGGAGAAGACAAAGCCAUCCUCAGAGCACAGCACGCCAGAGCGGCCUACUGGAGGGCUGUUGCGGAGCAAGGAUGCAGGGACCAGAGACAUCCAUGCAGCGAGGCUGGGAAGGAUGAUGAGGCCAGAUGGCAACAGGCUGCUGACAGGAGAGGGCUAUGCCACUUUACAGUCAGGUGAGGCAAGGCAUACUGGACAGCACAGGAAAAGUGCCUUCAUGGUGUGUUGCAAGCCCGCUGUGCAGUACUGUAACUCAGGCUGCAGGGACCGCAGUCAUAGCUUCAGAGAAGAGAUAACUUUAUGCCAAGCCAUCUCGCUUUAACAGCUUACUUUUGUUUGUAGGGGAGGUGCAUUAAAUAAUUAGGGAGAUCAGGCCAGGAAAACACAAAGAGGUUGGUUUGUUUAACAAAAAAAAGCUCUGUUGUUCGGUGGUGCUAUCCCAGCUGGUCACUGCAGACACACCC